GUUAGCGGCAUCUUGACAACAUCACAACUUGGCCUUCGAUGGCUUCAAUCUCGCCUUGCCAACAACGAGAUUCCUCAAACUCAACUUCCUUCCCCCCCCUGAAACGCGGAUAGAUGGACUUGAAAUGGAUAGAAGAGCCACUUGAGCACGUAUAUUUGCUUUCCUCCUUUUGCUUUAUAUUUCAUGUUGUGAACUCCAGGACCAUUGAAUUUCUCGAACCGGCUAGAUAGUGGUGAAUUACGCAAUAAAUAAAAGCACCCUGUCUAACACGUUAUUUUAGCUCUGAUCUAGGAUAUUUUUACCAACCACGUCUAAAAUGGAGGGCAUGUAUACUGGGCUUCAAAGGAGGCAAUUAUUCGAGUCAUUGGAUGCUUUUAAAGCAUUUGUACGUGCAGCAUCAAUAAAACAGUGCUGGAACAUGUGCGUCAUCAGAAGCAACAAGGAGAGCGUCGCUUUGGGUUGCAGGUCAUCCUCCGAUUGUACGUUUCGCGCCAUCUGCCGCACAGGCCAUGACUACACAUACGUAACCUCUGUCACCGACGUCCAUUCCUGUCGCGCUUCGCUAGACGCCCCCAUACCACCCAUUCACCGAGCUCAAGUCUCCCGCCUCGCCUUUCUGAUGAAUGAAAUCCCGAAGUUUUUUGAUACCAGUACCAAAGUCACAUCCGAAGAGGCUGCGGCAGCUAUCAAACGAUAUUAUGGCACUGAAGUGUCCCCCAAACAGACAUAUCGCGCUUUAAGGAGGCUAGGUAUGCACCAGGGUAGACGUCGAGGUCGUCCGCCCCUUCCUAGCGUGACAUGGCCAAUAGCGGAUGAUAUAUCCAAUCACGCCAUCGGGAAUUCCCAACCACAACCACCACAACAAGAACUGCAACAACAACCGCAGCAACAACCGCAGCAACAACCGCAGCAACAACCGCAGCAACAACCACAGCAACAACCACAGCAACAACCACAGCAACAACCACAGCAACAACCACAGCAACAACCACAGCAACAACCACAGCAACAACCGCGGCAGCAGCAGCAACAGCAACAACAUGAACCAGCUGUGAACAAGUGGUCACAAAACUUACCCAUAUUGCCGAUCGAUGUCGACACUGAUCACGAUGAUGGCGAUGUUGACUUCGACAUUCUAGAAAGUAGCCGCAUUGCGCCUCAACCAAGCAUGCCACAACCGAGCCCGGAGACCGUCGCUCGAUCUCAUCAUGUCCCUACUGCACUCAAUUCUGCGCCUCCUAAUAAAAGCCAAAAUUCAGGCAGUGGAAAUAAUGAUACUCAACCCACCCCACAAGGUCGUACCCAGGCGCGCAACGUUCAGCGCCGUCCUCCCAAAGUGUCCGCGGAUGUGAAGGUUGAGUUUCCGUGCGCAGCUUGUGGGGCGAUUAACCAAGGAUUCUUUCCUAUCCGGGGCCAAGCCACAACUACGAUAGUUGGCAAUCAAUUGAUAGGAAGUGGGAAUCAUGUCGCCUACGAUUUAGGUAUGCACCAGUCAGAAGAAGGGUCAUGA